GCGGUCUUGAUAGCGGCGUCGGCCAUCUUGGAAUCACAUUAGUGUUUCAGGUUACUCUCUGAGACACUGCAUGAGCACGCGACUCAUUGAUUGACCUGCUAUCGUUAAUUGAAGAUAAAGUUAUUUGCGUCCCCAUUUAUCGGCGACAGCGGAUACACUUGUGUUUUAUUGCUCACGGAGCGGAGAAGCAAACUCAGGAUUUUAAAAGAAAACCGUCAUGGCGACAGCUAGCGUUACCCCGAGCCGUGAAGCUGGCCGGUCGGCGGCCUCUACACCUCUCUCCCCGACCAGGAUCUCCCGCUUACAAGAGAAACAAGAUUUGCAGCACCUGAACGACAGGUUGGCCGUUUAUAUCGACCGUGUCCGGUCUUUGGAGCUGGAGAACGACCGGUUGAUGGUCAAAGUGUCUGAGAAAGAGGAGGUGACCACUAGAGAGGUGACAGGCCUGAAGUCUCUGUAUGAGGCAGAGUUAGCUGAUGCUCGACGGGUUUUGGAUGAAACUGCGAAAGAGCGAGCUCGGCUGCAGAUAGACCUGGGCAAGGCUCAGGCUGACCUGGAAGAAGCCACACGCAGUGCCAAGAAGAAGGACAGCGAUCUUGCUGCGGCGUUGUCCAGGGCCAGUGGUUUGGAAAGCCAGCUGAACAAGAGUGAAGCAUCUCUUGCUACAGCUUUAAGUCAGAACGCUGCUCUGACUUCUGAGCUGGCUGAUGUCAAGGGCCUGCUGGCUAAGGCAGAGGACAGCCAUGCUGUUGCUAAGCGCCAGCUGGAGGCAGAGACCCUGAUGCGCGUAGACUUGGAGAACCGCUGUCAAUCCCUGAGUGAGGAGCUGGAGUUCAGGAAGAGCAUGUUUGAAGAGGAGGUGCGCGAGUCUCGGCGUCGCCAGGAGCAGAGGAUAGUGGAGGUGGAUUCUGGAGUCCGACAGGACUUUGAGUUCAAACUAGCACAAGCUUUACAGGACCUAAGGAGGCAACAUGAUGAGCAAGUCUCUCUCUAUAAGGGAGAACUGGAGCAAACCUUCCAGGCCAAGUUGGAUAACGCCAAGGUGUCCUCGGAGAUUAAUGACAAGGCAAUGAGCACAGCCAGGGAGGAGCUGCAGGAGUCCCGUGUGAGAAUAGAGGGUCUUGGGUAUCAGCUGAGUGCCCUGCAGAAACAGUUGGCCAACUCUGAGGAUCGCAUCAGAGAGCUGGAGGAAAUUCUGUCUGCAGAGAGAGACAAGCACCGCCGUGCCAUGGAAGGAAAAGAACAAGAGAUGAGCGACCUGAGAGAAAGGAUGAACGCUCAGCUCAGUGAAUACCAGGAGCUGCUGGACGUGAAGCUUGCCCUAGAUAUGGAGAUUAAUGCAUACAGGAAACUGCUGGAGGGAGAGGAGCAUAGGCUGAAGCUGUCCCCCAGCCCAUCACCUCGAGUCACUGUUUCCAGGAUAACAGGCUCUUCCUCCUCCCGCUCCUCCAAGAGGAAGAGGGUGGAAGCAGAGGCUAAGGAUGCGGCAGAGGUGGCAAGAGGAGAAGGGCAGCUGCUGGUGUCUGAAGAAGCCACCGCUAGCGGAGCGGUCACCAUAUCGCCCACUGACAUGGAUGGAAAUGCAGUCACACUGGCCAAUGACACUGAGCAGGACCAGCCGCUGGGCAACUGGAGGUUGAAGAGACAGGUUGACAAUGGGGAAGAGAUCAUCUACAAGUUCUCCCCAAAGUUUGUCCUCAAGGCUGGACAGACAGUCACGGUGUGGUCUGCUGAUGCUGGUGUGGCCCACAGUCCACCAACUGACCUGUUGUGGAAGAGUCAGACUUCCUGGGGCACAGGAAAUGACAUAGUUACCACUUUGAUCAACGCUGACGGCGAGGAGGUGGCCACAAGGAGCGUAACCAAGACUGAGGUGGAGGUAGAGAAUGGAGAGGAAGAGGAGGAAGAGGCACAGACGGGCAAAGUGUCAUCCAGAGAGUGUGCCAUCAUGUGAAGCCUUCCCCUUCUGCUGGCUCUCACUUCCCCAUUAUAUUUUUUUUUUCUCUAGAGCCACUCAGUUAUGAUCUUAUCCAUUGCCUCAUCGUUAUGUGUUUUUUAUUCUUCAAGACAAUAUAAGAAUUUUUGGACUAAUGGACUCUUUUUACUGCCCUCCACCUCUCUGGACCUGCUUUAAUGAGUCCUUUUUCAAAUAUUACUAGCAAAGUGUGUGGAUCAUGAUGAUGAUGAUGAUGAUGACAUUGAUGAUGAUGGAUCCAAAUAUUCAGUCAGACUGUGGUCUUGCAGCUGAAUUUUCCCCUCCCUUACUACUAACAGUACUCUACAUGUCAAUGAUUUUUUUUUUACCACUAGCUGUCUUUUGUUCUUCUGCGGUUCAUUCAUUCUUCAUGCACAGUAGAACACAAUCUGUAACCUGUUGUUUGAGUUCUCAAGAUAAAGGACCUCCGCUGUAUAGCCAUAGAAAUAUGAUAAAUUCAUAGCAAACAAAAUAUCGAGCAAGUCUUAAUUGGAUUUUGGAGAACAGUGUUUUUCUCCAAAAUCAGGACUUUUAAGUGUUUCCCAUUUAUAACAAAUUUGUGUGGAUAACUGAUAGGUAGAUUUUUUCUGAAUAUUUUAUUUAUGUCUUCCGCUGAAAAGUCUAGUCCAUUUUCUUUAUAUCUAAAUAGCCAAAUAUCAUAAAUCACAAAUUUGCCUCAAGAGGCUUUACAGUCUGUCCAGCGUACGACACCCUCUGUCCUUAGAUCCUCAAUUCAGAUCAGGAACUGAUUUCCCGAAUCCAAAACAAUCUUUUGAAUACACUGCUGGUUUGUGAUCAACUGGCAGGUGUUGGACUGAAGCUUAGACUCAAAACUGAAUGUCAAACCUUUGGGACACACUUGUUCGUAGCAGGAGCUGUUGUGAGUACCUGUUGGAGCUCCCUGCAGCAGGGCCAACUCAUCCUGGAAAAAAAAAACACUACAGGUUAAUUUUGACUGACAACCCUUUGAUUUGUCAGUUAUCUGUGCUGCCUUUGUGUGGUCUGUAGUGGAAAGAAAAUAUGCUGCGUCGUGGAGAGCAGGCUGUUGACUCACUCGCCAUUUGUUUUUUGUUUUUUUUUCGCUGUACUGUAUAAAACGUGUGAACGUAUAAUGGGGGGCAUUGUUGUUAAGCUGCUAACCUAGCAGCAGAGGUAGUAAUAGAGCCAAAUCAAUGUCUGUAUAAAAUAAAGGAGCCGUCACAGUAGUUGCCGACACUGCUGUUACAUGUCAAGCCUAUUUUGCUUCCAGGACGCCAGCAUGCUAUCUUAAGUCUCACACUGGGGCAGCAUCGUGGUAGCAUUUUUUUUGCUUUUGUGUAAAAAAGCAAAACCAACGUAAUGGCGAAUCUUUUUUAAUGGCAGUAUUGCAAAAUCUGUUUAAAAAGCCUACCGACUCCUCCAGGCAGCUCAACACACAUCUUUGAGAAGCAGUUGUUGUGAACUGCUCAAAGAUCUGUUGUGCAGAGGGGCCAAGUCAGUAGCAGUUAAAAUCAAAUUUUUCUUAAAGAUAUAUUUGAAUGAAAACCUUUAGUGCACACUAAAAUGUGAAGAGGAGUGGUGACCUGCCUCAGGAACAGGUCUCUUGGCUAAUGUUUAACAGUCUUUAAUGAGCAGCCCAACAGUGACACCCAGGGACAGCAUCUCCUGUAUGAAAGGAGUGUUGUGUUAGGAAGUAGGUUUACAGCCAUAAAACUAGUUUAACUCAUGGUUUCGUGUUCGUGUCAACUCUGUCAGAAUUAUAGUCGCCAGGUUCUCUCUGCUGGGAUCGUGAUGGGACAAACUUGUUUCUCCUUGAACCGUGCAAAGCAGCAUGACUGCUCUAUCUGGUGGAUGGGGGUUGUGGGCCGCUGAAUAGCCUUGUGACUGGCAGAACAUUGUACACACAAGAUAAAGAGUGAAAGCAACAUGCUACAGCAUAUGAGGUGAUACCACAUUGUACGAGCGUUGCUCUCACACCUUGUGUCAUUUUGGGAAGCCCCAUUUUUCUAGUAUGUCUGUAUGCUGUGCUUUUCAUCGCUAGGUUUUUUGUUUUUUUUUAAUAGAGUGCUUGUCUAUGUAUAAUCAAUUUGUUUACACAUGAUAUUUCAUUUAUUAUUUAGCGUUAUGGAUUUCUGGGAUGAUUAAGGUUGGGUGUUAAUUACCUUAAAUAUAUUUCAGGAUUCUGAGGAAACGAUACCAAACACUACUCCUGCAGUGUUCUGCUUUGAGUUAAAAGGCGUCACCUGGUCAGUGACUUUGAUAUUGGCAAAAGCAACACUUUCUUGUCUGAUAAUUGAUAAGUGACCAACUUUGAAGUCUGACAUAUUUAGACGAAACUGACUAUUAAGUUAAUACAGAUCUGAUUUUGAUUGUUACAAGGCUCUGAAAUACGAUGGUAAUUCGGUCCCUCCAGGAAGUCUCUUGGGUCAACCACAAGAAUGAAUGUUUAUUUAACUACUCCCUGCAACAUAAAUAUUUUCUAAUCACCUAUCCUAACUUUUUUACUUUUACUCUUUUUUCACAAGAACUGGUCAAGCUGAAGAUGCUAAUUUUACCAAUCGGUGCAAUUUUGAUACAGAAUAAAAGUUAAUAGAACACUUUUCCAAAGUCGGAUAAUCAAAAAUAUUUCUUUGGAACUACAUGUGGAGUUAUUGUUGCAUAUUAGUAUGCAUGCACAUCAGUUUGUUCUGCUGCACAUGCACUAACUGACAAACCUCUGUUCCUGGAGGGACUGUUACAUGACUUGGUUCUGCCCAGUUGUCCUACAAUAUAGAUGUGAUUGUUUGUGAUAAUAUAGGGGGAGGGGGGAGGGGCGGGGCAUGCCAAAUGUGAGUUUUCAUUCAUGAUUAACUGAUGUUGAACUACUUUUUGUAUACACAAUAAAUGUUUUACAUAAACA